AACAUUGCAACUUUCGACAGUGUUGCCGUUGUCGUCGAACGGCGCCCAUCUAAUUCGGCCAAAUUGUACAGUAAAGACGAACCACAAUCAGCGAGGAUGCAAUCGGCGUUCGCUCGCUCCAUGCAAGCCCUUGGGCGUCCACUCGGAAGCGCCGCGGCAAGUUCAAGACAAUUGCGAGCAGGUCAAUCGACGUUACCCUACAUAUGCGCUCGCUGUCUGCAUGCCACGCGGAUAAAUAACAUCAAGUCUCGAGCGCCCAAAACGAGGGACCGUGGUCCACCGUCGAAGGAGGACACUCAGACGGACUUCGCAGCGCUGGACGUGCUAGGCAAUACGCCUCCGCCCGCUACCGGCAUCGAUGCAACCACGGACUACGGAUUCGCUUUCAGCAACAACACCAAAUUAUCAGGCAGCGGAGUGUUAAUAGUAGGAGGUGAAGUUUUCAAAUGGCGACCCUGGCUGCGCCCAGAGAGGCCGGAAGGUGGAGAUCGAGGCGGCAGUACGUUGACAGGCAAGCUACUGAAUAGCAAAGGCCAGUGGGAGCCUUCCUUGGAACUCAAGCCGUGGGGAUUGCUGGAGGUUGUCUGGCCGAAACCAGAUCUGCUCAUCAUCGGCACCGGACCGAGCAUCGUGCCUGUCAGCCCCGCGACGAGGAAGCUCAUCAACGAUUUGGGAAUACGGAUCGAGGUGCAGGACACGAGAAAUGCGGCAAGCCAGUACAAUCUGCUGGCUACGGAGAGGGGCAUAGAGCAGAUUGCCGCGGCCCUUAUACCCGUCGGCUGGAAGGAGCAGAGGUGAUGCUGCAGCAACAGACGAUGGGAGCGAGUCUGCACGGAUGUGUAAUUUCGGACCAUGGAAGUGAACGUCAGACGGGCGCAUCUGGGAAGCGUGAUUGAGCUUUAGCGGUGUAUCUGCGUUGAUGGUAUGAGGUUUCUGGGUCGAGCAAGUGGGCUCAGAAAUGAUCGGUAUAGCUUUCGUCGGCCCACUCUCUUGAUUCGGUGGAACCGACUCAUUGUUCUAAUCACACUACGUGAGGAGUACAAGUACUUCCACCUCGACGUCGAAUUUCUCAAGGUGCAAUCAACAAAUGAGCUGUUCUACAUGACCACGCCAUGCAACUGCACUUCAGGAUCCGCCGCUGCACAAAGUCAGGUGGAGCAUAGCCCAGAAGUUCGACGCAAGAAGUACAACCGUCGUAAAGUACGCGUGCUCAGAUCUCACAGCUGAUCAUCGUAGACAUUACAGAGUCAAAAUCGCAUCCUUGGCUGGUCUCAGG